AUGUGGCUGCGCGGGGCCCGCGGCGGCGAACUCCCGGGGUUCCGCUCCGACUCUCGCGACGGCGGGGCGCGCUUGCUCCGUCCUGCGCGGAGCGCGCAAGAGAAAGCCGGCGGGCGCUUGCAAAAAAUGUUUGAGGAAUUUGGGGGCUUAGGAGAGGAGGAGGAGGAGGUGGUGGUAACAGGAGCUGCCUCAACCCAGACGGAGGGCCCACACCUGGCAGGAAGGGAUCCGGAGGGGCAGAGUCCGGGAGCCGGCUGCCUGCGCUCCUGCCGGACCCUCUGCCACCCGUCCUUCCAGCCCUUCUACUCCGCUGUCUCCGGCUGCAGCUGUGGUUCCCGGCCCCCCCCUCCAGAGGGCCCAGCAUGGGAAGCAGGACCCCCGCCCUUCCUGGACUGCAGCAGCUUCUUCUACACGGACCCCACCCAGCCCCCCGGAUCCCGGAUCUACAACUGGCUGUCCUGCUGCUCUCUGGAAGUCCUCCCCCGGCUGCGUCUGGAUACCCCGGCCCCCAUCAUGGCCCCCCGGGAGAGCCCCCCUGCUCCCGGCCUCUGCACCAGGAGACGGUGGUUCUCCAGCGAGGAGCUGCAGGCCGUCGCGGCCCUUCUGGAGCUGCCGGCGGCACCAGUGGGACCCCAGGCCGACAGCGGGGCCGAGCGGAGGGACCCUUGAGAGCUUCUGGGACACAAAAACACACACGCACAAACGUAGUUGUCUGUGCUGUGUCCUUUGUCUGUCUACAUCAGAGGCGUCCCAUCUUGGCAGCUUGAAGCCUUGCGGACUUCCAGUUCCCAGCAUAGGGGAUUCUGGGAGUUGAAGUCCACGAGGCUUAAAGUGGCCAAGAUUAAGACCUGGUUUGGGGGGAACCUGAGCAGUUUCCGAGGCUUCACGGUCGGAAUAAAGUUA